GCCUGCCACUAUAGGACCGAUGCAGGAGCACGAGGAGCCUCAGCCUGAGUGACCGCGAGAGACGACGCCGAUGCAUGAUAAGUUAGGGCAUGAUGGGCAGAGGGUCCAGUCUCAUUCAGAGCUGGCAGUGGAGGAUGGUGAGAGAGGUGCGAUGGGACCCUCAUCAUUGGACGGAUCGUCGUUACUGAGCGAGAGUCGAUUGGCUGAGCAGCCAACUCAGCCUGAGGGUUCAUUGACUGCCCAGCUAUAUGAUAUGGAGUCUCCUAGGAUGCAGAUGCGACAGGAGGUAUCCCAACCCUCGCCCAUGGACAUGGAAACAAAGCGAGUUGAGACCGAGGUUUUGGGGCUAGAUAGAGAGGGUCUCACGGAGGACAUGCAGACCCAGCGAGUGGAGACGUCACCACUAGACUUUGGGGAUACUCCACGACGAGAUGGUGAUCAGACUGAGGCCGGUAUGAGGGGCCACAUUGAGGCAGACACGGAGCAUACCCAGGACGCAUCUCCGACUCAUGAGGAGGAGAGCUUGCCGGAGUCUCGGGGGCCGAUAGGUUACGAGCCUGUCAGGAGGGAUGCAUGGCUAGCCGAGGAGAUGAGAUAAAUAUCAUUAUUACAAUUUCCAGGUUGGACCUUGAGUUAGCAAGUAUCUUUGCGAAUUACAUUGUUUUAUUCAAGGGCAUUGCUCCAAUUGUCGGAUAAAAAUACCCAUUUGAAACGUUUCAUUCUUCAUGAUUGAUUUUGAGAUUCAGAGUAUAUUUUGCAGAUAUAUCCUACGGGACACAAUGUUCUGCGGGGUUGUCCUUGUUUUUAUUUUUUAAUUUUUUGAGCAUGCCCUAUUGUUGUGUUUUUGAUCCAACCAUACGAGUCUAGUGUGGAAAACAGGGAGCCAUGAGAUAUUCUCACAGUGUGGAUUUGUGCUUACUCCCCUUGCAUCUGUGAUGUUUGUACCUGUUUAUUGGUUGUGAGUAAAUUGUUUGAUUGUUGAACAAAUGGUUUCAAACCUUGAUUGUAUUUGAAUCAGUGUGUGAGAGUCAGUGAAAAAUUGUUCAACAAAAAUGAAUGGAAAAAGGUUGAAUCGGAAAGACAGCUUAAUUGUUUGAUUGGAAGGGGGCCCGUUUUGAGGAGCCACCCGUUUAUAUAUGUGAGAAUGAAAGCAAAACUUUAGG